GGGGACCUCUCCCCAAUUCUGUAAGCCCCUGAAGAGAGAAGGCCUUUCUCUCCAUGCUCCUUUUGCAGGAACUCCCUGGCACCAAGGCCAGGGGGGACAGGACGGUCUCUGAGGAGGAUGGGUCCGUAGGCUGCUCUGAGUGCUGUCCCUGCGCCAAAGAAGUUAUAGUUCCCUCCUGGGGGGCCCCCUCCCUGCCCCUCAGCACAGCCUCAAUCAAGAAGUUCCCCGUCUUUGAUCACCACUCUAAGUAGGAGAAACCCGCCCAGGGCUCCCUUAGAGCCGAAAACGGUGAGCUGGCCAUGACGGAGGAGGUAUGGAUGGGCACCUGGAGGCCCCAUCGCCCCCGGGGACCCAUCAUGGCCCUCUACAGCAGCCCUGGACCCAAGUACCUGAUUCCACCAACAACUGGCUUCGUGAAGCACACGCCCACCAAGCUCCGUGCGCCAGCCUACAGCUUCCGCGGGGCCCCCAUGCUCCUGGCAGAGAACUGCUCCCCAGGACCCCGUUAUAAUGUAAACCCCAAGAUACUGAGGACUGGCAAGGACCUUGGCCCUGCCUACUCCAUCCUGGGGCGCUACCACAGCAAGACUCUGCUGACCCCCGGCCCAGGUGACUACUUUCCAGAGAAAUCCACCAAGUACGUGUUUGACUCAGCGCCCAGCCACUCCAUCUCCGCCCGAACAAAGACGUUCCGAGUGGACAGCACCCCAGGCCCCGCUGCGUACAUGCUGCCCAUGGUGAUGGGGCCCAACACCGUCGGCAAGGUCUCCCAGCCCUCCUUUUCCAUCAAGGGCCGCAGCAAGCUGGGCAGCUUCAGCGACGACCUACACAAGACCCCAGGUCCCGCAGCCUACCACCAGACUGACGUGCAGGUGACCAAGUUCAAGGCUCCGCAGUACACCAUGGCUGCCCGUGUAGAGCCCCCAGGGGACAAGACCCUCAAGCCAGGACCAGGCGCCCACAGCCCUGAGAAGGUGACCCUGACCAAGCCCUGCGCCCCAGUUGUCACCUUUGGCAUCAAACACUCUGACUACAUGAUUCCCCUGGUGGUUGAUGUGGAGUAGCUGCAUCACGCCCAGCGUCUGCACAAGAGAUCCACCAGGCCACAGAGCUCGAGGCUGUCUUCACCAGCUGGGCUGGGCCAGCCUGGCCCUGCAGGGCAGAGCACGCUUGUUUGGGCAACUGUAACCAGUUACUUUUUUUCUAUGCUAUUUUACCAUAUGUUAAUCUUGUUUUCUGCUGUGCCGAAAGUAUUUAAUAAAUCACAUUGCAUUAA